UCUAUACGCCGCUAACACGAGACUAGUUGUGCUGGAUCUUGCCUGGCUGAUCAAUUCUCAUUGCGUGAGCUGAGACACUCGUUUUGAGAUUUUUCAGCGAUAGUUAUUUAGGGUAUUAUAGUUAUUAUUAAUAUAACUCGAAACCUUCUGGAUUUAAACUCCCGUCACCGUCCAUCUCCCCAUCUCCCCGGAGUUUUGGCUUUGCGAAUUGUCUAUGGUUCGGACACUAUCCUUCUGAAUAUCCAGCCAGAGUUCUGAGCUUUCCAUAAAUACGAAUCGAGAUCCUCUCAGCUUACCUACCUCCCACCAAAACUCCAAAUCACCCCCAAAUACCUUAUUUAUGGCGAUUCGCAUCAGCCGAGCCUGCGUGGGAUAACUGGAUCGCCAUAUUACAGCGGACAUGCUCUAGGGGUUUGAUUGGCCCCCCGUUUCCAGGAUUUGUCGCCUUUGCUAUAACUGUGGAGUUGUUUCUUGGACUAGGAGAACUGCGAGCACCGAGGGGGGGGGAAGUUCCGUCAAGUUCAUUGAGAUAUACUAGGUUUUACUAGAGUCAAACGUGUGGUAUUUCUUAUUGCACGUUUUGCGCUCCAUCGCGGAUCAGGCCUAGGAAUGGACACUAUCUCCCGUGGGACGAUCAAGUACACUGCAUCAACUGUAUUUAUCAUCAGCGUCUCAUUAUUGAAGCUCUCCGCAGAGUCCUCCCUCGUUUUUGACCGGCCUGCGCAUACUGCUGCAAUUACCUCCGCAUUAUCCGGCCUCUUCCUCCUGGUAUUCGGCCUUUUUGUCACUUCUCCUUCGCGACACCCCGACGCCGACGAGCACGAUGAUUCGAUCCCGCUUUCAGACUCUCUCCCACAUUCCCCAUCCGAUACCUCCAAGGCUAUAGAGAAGCUGCGCAAACUCACAAGCGCACAAACACGGAAAGCAUCGCGUAUAACCUGGCUGGCUAUAUGUGCGUUGGCUUUGCGCAUUGAAGUGUCACGUCACAUCGUGCAUAAUGCGGAAUGUUUGAAACCGGCCUCUUUUGCCUUGACUCCUCUUCUCCUUUCGAUAUACGGAUAUUGGGCCAAUAGACGAGCCAAUCGCAUUAAUAACACCCAAGGCUUUGACGACAAUGCGAAACGAUCACUGGCGUCUACCUUUCCGAUUCUAUUAUUAAUCACCUCCGCUUUCCUCACUUCCUCCAUGAGCAAUGGCUGGAAAUCUACUUAUAUCUGCCCCUUGACCGGUGCCUCUGCGUUGUUUACGGCUUUAUUGCAAAUUCUUGGUUUAGUGUUGGAUACCGUUAUACUCAUUGCAUUCUCGGAACUCGGCCGCCAGCGCACUCGUCGCAGUGAUGGACGGAGGGUACAAACUACUGUGCUCUGGGGCUUCGUGCUGAUUGGUGUAUCAGUAAUAUGGCUACUUGCUGCAUUUCCGAUAUAUUUGAUCCUGCCUAAACAAAGGGAGUGGUUACUCCAGUUCUCCCUCCCGUACAUUGGCAGCGUUAUGAAGCUGAGCCUCCUUUUUACAUGCGCCUGUGUCUCAGCUUCAUAUAUUGUAACGCAAAUUAGAAUUCUGGGAAUAUCUUUCCUUUUCUCAUUCACAUUUGUUUGUAUAUCGCAAUUAUCCCAUCUGUGGACCGCAUUCCAAGCUUUUCCUGUUAUCCCAGUGUUUACUGCUGGCUUUUCCAUCAUUUUGCUGCAUGUUUCGGGAUAUUGGUACUGGCGUUCCAGUACAGCCACCGACCAGGAUAGAAAAAAACAAUGGCAGCCCCGAAGCUGGAUACGAUUGGUAUUUUUGGCUUUGAUUGGUUUAUCCUUCGUGCUACUCGUAACAGCGAAGAACGAAACCCCGCGCCAUCCGAUUGACACUCUUAUAUCUCGAGCUAAAACAAAUUUUGGCCAAUGGGUGGCCAGCGCGAAAUCGAGCCAAAACCUUCAAGAAGCUGUAGCUGAAUAUCAGCGACGUUACAAACAGCAUCCGCCACCUGGUUUCGAUCUAUGGUAUAAGUAUGCGACUGAGAGGUCUUCCGCAGUGAUUGAUGAUUAUGACCAAAUCUACGAAGACCUUCUCCCUUUCCGCGCAUUAAGCCCUCGAACGCUACGUGAGUUGACUAAUGCCAUGGCAUCCCACCCUUCGAACGAUAUGGCUACUGUGAGCGUUCGUGGUGGAACUACCCAAAUACAAGAAAGCAUUGUACCAACACACAGAUGGAUGGUUGAAGGGGUAGCGAAAAUGAUCAACCCUUUCUCACAAUUCCUGCCCGACAUGGACCUAGCUUUCAAUUUGAAUGAUGAAUGCCGAGUCGCUGUUCCUUGGGAGAAAAUCAACGCUCUCCACGGUUCUGCCAAAAGCCACAUCCGCCAGGGCACUGAUAAACUGAUUGGGUCCUGGUCCGAGAAUCGCGCCUCAACUUGGGAACUCAGCGAAUCUGCAAAGAAGGGAGCAGAUCAGCUUUUUACAGACGCUUCCUUUCAACAAGUAUAUGAUCUCGUUGGGCGCUCUGUAUGUCCCCCUUCAUCGAUGGCGAAAACGUCAUUCGUUUGGGACAAACGAAACGUUUGUUUGAACUGUGCCAGGCCACAUUCCCUCGAACAGUUCUUAAGCGACUGGACGCUGGCCUCUGAUAUUUGCCACCAACCUGAUCUGGCCUAUCUGAGCGGAUUUUACCUCUCCCCUUCCGCUUUUAGAGUAUCCAAAUCACUCUUACCAGUUUUCAGCCAGAGCAAAGUAUCCGGUUUUAACGACAUCCUCUAUCCGAGCUCGUGGAACUAUAUAGACAAAGUCAUAUAUAGACCCACAGACGAACAUCCAGAUGCGCCUUACUCCGAAAAGCAGUCCACCCUUUUCUGGCGCGGUACCACAUCCGAAGGAUAUAGCUCUUCCGGCCAAUGGAAGGGCAUGACCCGCCAACGCAUUGUCCAUCUCGCCAACAACCACACCUCAAACUCCGUCUCAAUCCUCCUCCCUUCCCCUUCCUCUUCCACAUCAAAAAGAAACUCAACCUCCUACACAUAUACCAACAUGCCCGCCUCCGAGAUCCCCGAAGCCCUCGACCUACAAACCUCCAUCUACCUCGCAGGCCAAAUAACCCGUUGCAGUUUAUCAGAUUGCGUUUCCCAAAAGAAAGAAUUCAGCCUGGGCCCUUCAACCGAUUUCCAAGAACAUUGGAAAUACCGGUUCCUAAUGGAUGCCGACGGGGCUGGGUUUAGCGGUCGUUUCCUCCCGUUUCUGCAGAGUAGGAGUCUCCCGUUCCGCACGGGCCUGUUUCGCCAGUGGCUGGAUAGCCGGCUUACCGCGUGGCACCAUUUCGUCCCUAUCGAUAUUAGACUGCACGGCCUGUGGAGCACCCUGGCAUACUUCUCUGGCGCGAGGGAGGCUGUGCUGCCGGACUCUAAUGCUGCUGGGCCUAUUCCGGAUGCCAAUAAGGAUAAUAAGAGAAAUGGUGAUGGUGAUGGUAAUGGGAAUAAAGCUGGCGGCGAGACAAAGCAAAAACCACCACCCAGCCGGACGAUGUGGGCGAGGAGGAAUAGUGAGAACAACAAUGCUAAAAAGGACCACAAGAACAAGAACAACAACGAUAAUAAUAAUAAGCAGAAGAUAUUGAUGGAACCACACACGCGCGAAGGAGAGUUUAUAGCCGAAGAGGGCCGGAAGUGGGCAGAGAAGGCGCUUCGGAAGGAAGAUAUGGAAAUCUACAUGUUCCGGCUGCUGCUGGAAUGGGGCCGGUUGACAGAUGAUAAGAGGGACCAGCUGGGUUUCCAGGUAGGAUAAGGGUGAUGAUAAUACUGUGCAAUACAGCAGUCGCUACUUUUUAUAUAGACCGACUUCUAUCUUUUUGUCCAUUUUCUUCUUAUUUACUUUUUUUUUUCGGUUGUUGCGGUAAACCAGGCUUCCGUUAGCAUGCGCGGGAAAGAGUCGAGGUGUGUAUAGGGCGCGCGGGCGCAAAAACCUGGAUUGGAUCUUGCUUUACUUUAAUUAUAUACCUCAAGAUUAUUGCAAUGUACAUGUACAAACAUUUAACGAGUUAUUUCAUGUGCUUGUUUCACCUUGACAAUAUUAAGAUUGGUGAUUAUAAUUUAUGAAGAGCGCAGUAAUAGUAAUAGCACAUACAGACAACAAAGCUAAUGUGAGGCUCAAAAUGUAGGGAUCGGCGUUCCCGAUUAUCAAAACGGGUGAGAGAAAUUGAAGGGUCCAAAUCAG